ACAUCGCCACGCCCGCCUCUCCCCUCUCGGACCAGCUCCAGCCGUGCACAGCGACCCCUCGCCUCCACCCAACUCGCGGGAAUCGUCCUACAGGUCAGUCGACCUUGUGCCUCCUCCGGUCGCGCUCAUGCCUCGCCGUCUCGCACGAGCAUCCCCGCCAGGAUGCCGACGUCUUCGCAAGUCCGCCUCCUUUCGCUCCGAUCCAGCCGGCGGGAAAUGCCCCGUCUCGAGGUGAGUCGACGAGUCCUCCUUGCGCCCCCUCCCCUCGCGUCCAUGCGCCGUUCUGCCUGUUGUGCAGACGCGUCGCCGCACUCGUCCCAAGCCACUCCGUCCGCAUCGCCGCACUCGUCUCAAGCCACUCCGUCCGCAUCGCCGCACUCGUCUCAAGCCACUCCGUCCGCAUCGCCGCACUCGUCCCAAGCCGCUCCGUCCGCGAGGAUGCCGACGUCUUCGCACCCCGCCUCCGUUCGCCCCUCGUCAUGCCUCACUGCUCAUCCGCCCGCCGGACAGACAACAUCACGCGGAUGGUGGGCCACCGCGCGAUCUCGCUCACUCCGCCGCCACGACUCCUCCACCCAGAGGCCACCGCCGCCGCCCACUGGCAUCUUGGUACGUGACACGCGUGCCGCCCACGGUCCUUCGCUCGGACAACAGCGUAGAUCACACAGACACGCCCGCGCGCUGCACCACUGAGCACGGGUGCCGCGAGCGCGUUGGGGACCGUCGCCGAGCAUUUGCGCGCCGGCUCGAGUUCUGGACCGACUGUGGUGCUUGAAUGCCCAGCGAGAUCGUCGUACGAUGUGUACGGU